AUGUCUAGAACUUCCACCAUAAGACCUGGGAUUUACCAAUCAGACGGAAAACCCUUAUCCAAAGCUGCUAUUUACCAAAACAACUUGAAGACUGGCCUAUACAUCAACCCAAACUCUCCUUCCACUGGCUUGCCUUCCAAUUACAAGGGCACUUCAGCUGCUGUCAAAGCUGUCAAUACCGACCUAUCCGUUCCUGUCUACAGGAGAGACUUGUCAUCAGAGGCUGCUUCUGCUGCCUUGAAUGCCAAAUCAGAUUCCUCUCCUGUUGCAUGGAAAAGAGAGAAAGUCGAUUCCGGUGCUGAAAAUGCUGCUUUAAAGGCUAGAAACCAGUCUCAAAAAACUACCAGUCUUGCAAAUUCUAUAAAGCCUUUCUCCUCAAAGUCCCUGAACAGUUCAAGCAUUUUUGCUAAUAGCGCUGCUAAAUCCUUGUCUUCAAAAGACGCUUGCUCCUUUGCUGGUGAGCGUUUGCCUGAUUUGUAUACUUUGGACUCUCCUAGAACUUCAAAUCAUAAAUCAAAUAACAAAAAUUUCAAUAUCAAUAAACUUCACGAAAAGGCUAAUAAAAACGCAAAUGACAAUAUCAAAGAAAGAUUGAGCCCUUCAAAGAUCAACCAUAGAAUCGGCGUCCCAUCAACAAAAGCAAACUCCAUUGUCUCUUCUCAAUAUUCAUCUGCUGGUGCUUUGAAAUCUACACGUUCAAAUACAAUUACAAGUGAUCUUCAAAAUAGUAAUAACUCCUCGAAUCAUGCAAAAAUAAGCCAAAUGGAUUUAAAAGUGUUGGAGCAAGCAAAGCUAAUUGCUAAUCAAAAAUUAAAACAAAUUGAUGAACAAAAUGGCAAGACUUACUUAUUGGGUAAUCCAGAAUUUAACGCUCAUGCAAUGAAAAUCGCACAGCAAAAGGCCAAUGAAAGGUAUCAGAAAAAUACUCAACUUGAAGGCAAAAUCAAUGUUGGUCUAGGAAAAUACGUUAACGCCGUUGACGUUAAUAAUCUUGCUAGAAGUAAUAUCGCUCCAGUAAUUGAAGAUAUUAAUGCUGCAGUUGCUGAACAAAGAAGAAUAGAUUUUGAAUAUGAAGAAGAACAAAGACUAAUCGCUGAAGAACAGCAAAGGUUGAAAAAUGAAAACUAUCAAAAUGCUUUAUUAUCAAAAAGACAAAAAAAAGAAGAAAAAUUAGAAAAGAAAAGAAAUAUUCAAGCACAAAAACAUGAAAAUAAGCAUCUCAAGGAAGACUUGAUUAAUGAAAACGAAGCUGAAUUACGUCAAAAAGAGCAGCAUUUGGCUCAAUUAAAAGCUCAGGAAAGUCAGCUUCAGCAAGAAAUUGAAAAGGAAAAAUCAGAUAUUUUGGAAAAAUACAGAAAAGAAGAAAAUGAUUUAAUUUUAAAAACAAAAAAUCAGAUUUCAAUUUUAAAAAGAGAAAAACAACUAGAAAUUUCUGAAGAUUCUGAACAUGCUGAACAUGCUGAACAUGCCGAAAAUGUCGAAAUUGCUCAUAAAACGGAUGUCGAACCAAACACCAACAUUUCAAAACCUAAAGAUAACUCAAGCCCAACAACUGACAAGCCACCUGGAAUGUUUCUGGAAUCUUGGUAG